UUGAAGGCUUCCGGCCAGGCGGACAUUCGUGGGGCCGCAGAGAUAGAGAGCGAGAGAGAAAGAGAGAGAGAGAGAGAGAGAGAGAGAGAGAGAGACGCACGCGCCACCGAGCGUCCAUCCGUCCUCUGCUCCGUGUCUGUUGAUGGACUGCGCUCCCUCCGUCUGAUUCUGCAGUCUGUCUCUCUGAGUCACUUGUUGUAAGAAGAUGGCGGACAGAGCUGAGAUGUUCUCUCUAUCCACCUUCCAUUCCCUCUCCCCGCCUGGCUGCAGGCCAUCCCAUGACAUUAGCCUGGAGGAGUUUGAUGAUGAAGAUCUCUCUGAAAUCACAGACGACUGUGGGAUUGGACUCAACUACGACUCUGAUCCAUAUGAAAAGGAUUCCCUCAUUCUGGAGAAGAAUGACAUACACCACCCAGUCUGCUCCUUCCAGGAUGACUUCCAAGAGUUUGAGAUGAUUGACGACGAAGAUGAAGAUGAUGAGGAAGAGGAGGACGUUGACCCUGAUGCACCUCCGUCUCCUUCAGCUUCCCCUUCUCUUUCUCCAACUCUUGGAACCGUGAAGAGUAGACCGACGACACUGAACCUUACAGCUGCUGUGUCACAGGAUUCGCUGAACAACAACAGCAGCCUGUCUCCGAAAAAAGGAAGCUGGCAGGAUUCUUUACGCAACCCAGCUUCACAAGGUCGUCUGUCUCCAACCCACUCCUGUUUGGUGGAUGGUAGUCAUGUGACAGGCCAGUGCCCGGCCUCUCCAGUUUCCCAGGCUCCAGGGUCUCAGAGCAAAGGUACUCCACCAAAACAGGCAGGGGAGGGCGGGAACCCCCAGUCUCCUCACAGGCCCCUCCUCUGUGACGUGGAGGGCAACAGGCGGGAGAGGCCCGAAUACGGCUCAUUUGGUCACCACAGGUCUCACCCAGGCUCCACUGAUUUUACUGAACCAAAGACAGACCCUUCAAUCCAGACAGCCAGGGUACCCUCCUUAGACGAGCACUCCCAGUGUUCAGACACCGAGGUGGAUCAUGACCUCAACAGCGACCAUAAUCACAAACACUCAAACCGGCGCCCCACAGACACCUACACAAUCACCAGCGAGUCAGGAAUGGAGCAAGAAAAUGAUCUCGACCCAGAUGGAACCAGUCAUUGUUUGUCAUCCACGGCACCCAUGGGAGCUAACGAUGGGGCUGAUACACCCUUGUCUGAUGAAGAGUUGGAAAAGGACUUUGAAGUAGAGUUUAUGUGUAAGGAGACAUAUGAUAUUGUGUGCAAGGAAAACCAGCUGUCAUAUGUGGAAUUCCCCUCCAUUGAACCCCAUGAGACUGCACUGUUCUCCAGCUACCAAUCAUCAAGCCGCUCAGAAGCUCUCGACCAGUCCAACAGUUCAGAAGCUCUAUCGCUUUCUGCCACAGUUGCAGGAGCUAAUGAUUCCACCUCUCCAUCCUCAGACCCCGGGAUAGCAGAUAUGAACCAACAAGGUUAUAUGACCUCAGACCAAGACAAAGACCUCAGUUCUCCAGGCUCUGAUUCGGAUGUUGAAGGGGAGCUAGAGGCAGCGUUUUCUUGUGGAGGACCUGUGGUUUCAAACAUGAUUUCCUCUAUUUCAGAGACAGAAUUAGACUUGACUAGUGAUGAGAGCAGUAGUGGACGCUCCUCUCACCUCACCAACUCUAUCGAAGAGGCCAGCUCACCUACAUCAGACCAGGAACUGGAUCCAGAUACAGAGUUGGAGCAGGACAGUGGAAUAGUUGGACUGAAAGCAUCACUGCUUCUGGGUCAGCCUGACCCGAUUAAAGAAGGUUCUCUGGUACCCUCUCCUUCCCCUCUUCCCUCACCCACUAUUGCCACUCCCUCCCCCAUUGACUCCCCCAUCUUACCCCCUGAGCCCUACGACGACGAUCAAGCUCUGAUGGGAUUGCAGAGUGUUGAUGAUGAGCUGUCUUGUGAACACCAGGCUGAUCCGGACGAAACUCUGCCUCCAACCCAAUGCUGUGAGGACCAUAUGUCCAGACCAAUGGUGCUUGAGAUAGAACCAGACCAUGGUCUAGAGAGCUUUAAGCGCUCCUUCUAUCUCCCAGUGGGGCCCAGGCUAAUGCCAAGUCAGGAUGAUUAUGAUGAAACAAGUGAGGGAGACUCUGAAUCAGAAAGUGAAGAUGAUCUGAGUGAGAACUCUGAUUCUCCCUGGCUUCUAAGUAACUUAGUCAACAGGAUGAUCUCAGAGGGCUCGUAUCCCAUCAGCUGCCCCGAAGAGUGUUUCCAAAGAAAAGCAUCUGUGUCUGAUACCAUCUCACCAUCAUCAGAUAUUGGGGAGGGAGAUAGUUUCAAUGAUGAGGUACAGGAAACUAAAGCAGAUAUGAAGAAAUCGCAGGGAAGAGAUAAGGAAGGUGAAGGCUAUCAGAAAGAGAACGUAGAGCCAACGAGAAGCCAGAAUGAUGAGUCAUCAAAUGAAGGGGCAUUAAUAAGUUCUCAGCCCUAUACGAGCAACCCUGCUGCCGCCAAUUCCCCACUGAUUUUAGAAUGCUGUGCAAAGAAUGAGAGGGGAACUAUAGAUUUAAACCCUGUGUACACUGCAAAAGACUGUGACAAGAACUCCACAGGUAAACAAUCAAAGAAUGCUUGGAGACAAGAGGAUGAGGAGCCCAAUAAUGACUUGAUGAUGCUGGAAGGCAGAAGGGAUUUGGACUCACCCAGCCUUAGUGAGAGUGUGAUCAGUGACAAGGACGAGGGUCGAGAAACAGAGCCCAGGCCAACAAGUCGCUCAACGGCCUCUCUUGAGCGAAUCACAGAGGUCAAACACAGUCUGACACUGGAUAUACCCUCUGCUCAAACCAACCGCUGCUUUAGCCUCACUUACUCCACAGACAAUGACGAAGAAGAGGAGGAGGACGGUGACUCCUAUCCUUUCCUAGGCAGCUUGAGGAAGCAGUCCUAUAAUGAUAGUGAUUUAGAGCUUGACAGCUCGCCACCCAUCGAUUCCAGUGUUCACAAUCAUUCAUUACCUGACCAUGACCUCCCACUGUGUGAGAAAGAUUUGGCUCUACGGCAGCCAAAUGAAGAUGAUGGGCUGGCCUAUGACUCCAUGAAGUACACGUUAGUGGUGGAUGAGAAUACAACACUGGAACUGGUUAGCCUUAGAAGGUGCACCUCAGUUCUGAGUGAUGAAAGCGAGCUUUCAACUCCAUGCGAUGGCGAGACAUUGGGGAUCGAUGAUGUUGACUAUGUUUGCAAAAAUGCGGAGGUUAGGCCAGAUCUUCUCAGCUCGUCUGAAGACUCAUCUCCAGAGGCUGACCUGCCAUUUUCCAAGAAGUUCCUUAAUGUGUUCGUCAACAGCACAUCACGCUCUUCCAGCACAGAAUCUUUUGGACUUUUCUCGUGCACCAUUAAUGGCGAAGAGAGGGACCAGACACACAGGGCAGUUUACAGGUUCAUUCCCAGACAUGCAGAUGAGCUGGAGCUGGACGUGGAUGACCCUUUGUAUGUGGAGGAAGAAGAGGAUGACUACUGGUACAGAGGCUAUAACAUGCGGACAGGAGAGAAAGGGAUCUUCCCCGGCUUUUAUGCUCAGGAGGUCAUCAGCCAGUCGAAAGAGUUGCUUGGUCUGAAAAGAAAUCCAGCAUGGAUUGAGACUUUUAGUGUCCAGUUUUUGGGGUCCGUAGAAGUACCGUACCACCAAGGCAACGGCAUCCUCUGUGCCGCCAUGCAAAAGAUUGCGAUAUCGAGGAAACGGACGGUACACGUGCGACCUCCAUCUCUGUGUGAGUUAGAGAUCAGCUUGCAGGGUGUAAAGUUAAUUAUGAGUCUGGAAGAUGAAUAUGACACCCUCGAUGAGUUUGACAGAUGUAGUCACUUCUUCCAGAUGAAAAACAUCUCAUUCUGCGGAUGCCAUCCGAGGAACAACUGCUACUUUGGCUUCAUCACAAAGCAUCCAAUGCUGAACAGAUUUGCUUGCCAUGUGUUUGUAUCCCAGGAAUCCAUGCGGCCUGUGGCUGAGUGUGUAGGUCGAGCCUUCCAGGAGUACUACCAGGAACAUCUGGAGUACGCCUGCCCCACUGAAGACAUCUAUCUGGAGUAAGACGAGUUCCAAUGACAACACUUUUCCCUCAACAGCUUGUGUACAUUUGUCAAGUUUGCCAGCAGAGGACGCUCUCAGUGUUUUUCUUUUCUUUUUUUUCUCCCAGCGCCAUUGUAAAAUACUUUUCCUUUCCUAUUUAAACAGGGAUUCUCAUUUCUACAAUAUGCUAGCCACCUCACUGAUUAUGGUCGCCUCUUUUUUCUAUGAUCUCAACAGAGUGAUUGCUUCUGUCUUUUAUUUUUUUAUAAUAUUAAACUACAAUGCUGAGCGCCUGUUUAUUUAAACAGUUCCUCUUUUCAAAUGCAAACAUUAAUACCUACUACGGCUGUUUCACUUCUCAAUGCAUGGCUAGUAGGGUUACUGCACAGACACACCAAGAAAUACACAUAUCCAAGUGAAUGACAAGCAAUUCAACAAUCAAAGGGGGAUGGUGUAGAAUCAGGUGGCUGGCAUUUCAGUUACCUGUAAAUAUAUACUUUUUUCAGCACUGACAAGCAGCUAAUUUGCUUACUUUUAAUGAUGGUAUUUGAGUUUACUAAAGAAAGCGAGGGGCCUUUUGUUCAAGCUUCCUCAGUGUCUUGUACAAGACAUAGUGUGUGUUGUAAAUAUGUGUAUAGAAAGUAGAUGUACAUCAGCUUCAUUCAAGCUAAUAAAGACACAGUUGGGACUGAA